ACACAAGCAGCAUAGUUUGUCAGCACAAGUUUGGUCCAACUCUGAACAAAGGUCUUUUAAUGACAUCCUGAAGUAACCUACUAAAUUCUGAAAAUUAUUUUCUAUCACCUAGAAUCUUCUGAGGAAUUCCCUAGGAGAAAUGAUGCUACACUCUGCUUUAGCCCUCAGUCUCUUAUUCAUCACAGUUUCUUCCAACCUCGCCAUUAUAAUCAAAAAGGAAAAGAAAUCUCCUCAGACUCUCUCAAGAGGAUGGGGAGAUGACAUCAUUUGGGUGCAGACUUAUGAAGAAGGUCUCUUUCAUGCUCACAAAAGUAACAAGCCACUGAUGGUUAUUCAUCACUUGGAGAAUUGUCAAUACAGCCAAGCACUGAAAAAAGUGUUUGCCCAAAAUGAAGAAAUACAAGAAAUGGCUCAGAAUAAUUUCAUUAUGCUGAAUCUCAUGCAUGAGACCAGCGAUAAAAACUUAUCACCUGAUGGGCAGUAUGUACCUAGAAUCAUGUUUGUGGAUCCUUCUUUAACAGUCAGAGCUGAUAUAACUGGAAGAUAUUCUAAUCGAUUAUACACAUAUGAACCUCAGGAUUUACCACUGUUGAUAGAAAACAUGAAGAAAGCAUUAAGACUUAUUCAGUCGGAGUUAUAAAGGAUGAUGGAAAAAAUGCCUUAACCUCUAAGAGGUCAAAUGACAUGAAGAAAACCUUCUGGUUAAUUGACUAAUACUAAAUGUACAAGUAUAUGCAUUUUGUAAC